UGUUUUAGAACAAUAACUCGGAGGGCGGAAAGGCCUCAGAAGGAGACAGAACCGUCACUUUUGAAGAAUGCCCUACUGGGGAAGGGUAAACCCUUCUCUCUGUUUAUUUGAUUUUGUUUUGUCCUAUGUGUUCCUCUAAAACAGCAUCCACCGAAAAAAUCCAAAAUUUUGUCAAAUGAUAAACCUUUUUUGUCCAAAAAAAUAUUUUAAAAAACACCUAAAAGGUAAAAACGACAAUUUCAGUAGGGAAAAAACAGGUGGGAAGUGGCGAGCUCAGUGGAGAACGAGAAGGAGAAGGAAAUGGAGAGUGGCAAAGAGGACGUUGUUUGCUUUGAACUCCCUGCUCCUUCUGGUUGGAAGAAGAAGUUCAUGCCAAAGAAAGGGCUGACUCCUAAGAAAAACGAGAUCAUAUUCACUGCUCCGACAGGAGAGGAAAUCAGUAACAGGAGACAAUUGGAACAGUACCUUAAAGCACACCCUGGUGGUCCGGCGGUAUCAGAAUUUGAUUGGGGCACUGGUGAGACCCCUAGGAGAUCAGCAAGGAUUAGUGAGAAGGUAAAAGCAAUGCCAACACCACCAGAAAGUGAACCUCCAAAAAGACGAGCCAGAAAAUCAUCAGCUUCAAAGAAGGAUAACAAAGAAUCAGAGACUGCCCCUGAAGGAACCGAGGAUAAAACACAAGAUGCUGAUAGCAAAACUGAACCCACUUGUCAAGAAGUGAAACAUGGAGAAGAUGCUAAUAUAUUUACUAAUAUCGAAGAAGUUAAGGAAAAUGCUGAAGCAGUAUCUGAAAAGUUGAAGGGCCCCCAGGAUGAAGUUGAAGCUAAUGCUUCUGGAGUUGCCCAAAAGGAAAAAGAAGGUUUGGAGGGUGACUUGUCUCAGGGAAACGUUGAACAACCAGUGGCUGAAGCGGAGAAAGGGCUUGGGUCUGGGAAGCAGGACAAACCAGACAUAGUCAUUCCCGAGGAAAGAAAAAAUGAGGUGGAAGGAGAAGAAAAAGGGAAACAUGAUUGAAGCACUACUCUAUCUGAAGGCUGUCAAGGAGAAAGAAUCAGCAAAUUGCAAUGAGGGACAAAAUACUUUAGGUGUAAAUGAAAUUAACAAGAAAGCGGAGGAAGCCAUUCAGAAUGGUAGUAAAUAGUAAUAGAAGUAACGCGGGUGAUGUCAAGCCUUGAGUUACCAUAUGCAAUAGAUUAACUUGAUGCAGGCUUCUCUCUCCUGCUUGUAACAUUUUCAGACUUUUGGACUCCUUCAAAUGACUCUAGCUUCGUUAAGGAUAGUAACUGAUUUUUCAUUGGAGGCAUAUUUUUAUUUAACGGUAGAUAGCCGUGUAUAAUGUAGCUGCCUCCGAUGUGAUGGUCAAACCUAUAGCUUGUAGUGAUAUAUGUAAUAAUGUUAUGGCAUCUAAGACUGCAAAUGGAUGUAAUAUAUAAGGCUGAAAAAUAAUUUUUAGAAA